AUGGUCACGUGUGCACCUGACGACACACUCAAUCCACAGAACUGGCCGUUAGUUGCAAGGUGUAAGAACAUCGCCAUCUUGGCAUUUCUCAUCUUCGUUCAAGGCUGGGCGGGCGCUUCAGAAUCCAUGGCAAACUCGGUAGCAAGCUCGCAUUUACAUGUGAGCCAAGUCGCCGAGAAUCUGGAUAUCGCCAUGUAUCUUUUUGGCGUUGGCAUCGGCUCUCAAUUUGCCGGGCCCUUGUCGGAAACGGUAGGCAGAAAUCCUGUAUACUUGUCAGCCACGUUCUGCUAUCUCUUUUUUGUCCUGGGCUCUGCGAAAGCAGCGACUUUUGGAGGACGCAUUACCUGCCGGCUUUUCGUGGGCUUGUUCUCCAGUGCUACGUUGUCAAUCAACGGAUCGAGUGUUAGAGAUCAGUUCAGAGACGUAAAGAGAGCUUUUGUCUUUCCAAUUAUCGCCUGGGUGAACGUUAUAGGCCCUGUGAUUGCACCCAUAGCGAGCGGCUGGCUGGUGUCAAAUCCGAACUUAGGCUGGCGCUGGCCUGACUGGAUGACACUCAUCAUCUCCGGCGCGGCGUUUCUGCUUGCACUGCUUUUCCUUCCUGAGACAUACCUGCCACUACUUUUAGAUUGGAAAGCAAAGGAGUUUCGCCGUUUGACUGGCGAUCAGAGGUAUUUUUCCGAACACGCAGCGUCCGCAAGUCUUCCCGGUCGCCUGAGGCAGAAUAUCAAGCUUGGUGUUACCUUCUUCUCCACGGAAGUUAUUGUGACAGUGCUGGGAUUCUACUUGCUACUCCUCUACACUUUGCUUUUUACCUCUCUCUCCGGAUUCGACUACAUCUUCAAGGAAACAUAUGAGCUCUCUACCGGCUUCACCGGUAGCUGUUUUGCCUCAAUAGCAAUAGGGUCGACAGUCUUCACUUUCAGCGCACCGAGCUGGUACUUUUGGGCCCGCAGGGCAACUGCCCAUGUGCAUGGGGCGUCCGUUAAACCGGAAUUCCGACUAUGGCCUGCAAUUGUUACGGCGCCCAUGUUGCCCGUUUGUCUUUUCUGGCUCGGAUGGACCAAUUACCCAAAUAUAUCCAUAUGGAGUGGGCUGGCCGCUUGCUGUGUUUUUGGAAUCGUCUUGACUGCAUUCUACGUGAGCAGUUAUGAAUACAUCAUAGAUAGCUACGGCGACCAUUCGGCUAUUGCUCUUGCGAGCAUCACAUCUCUCCGCUACCUGGCCGCAGGUGGCAUGGUAAUGGCGACUCGUCCAAUGUAUACCGCCAUCGGAGUACAUUGGACGAUGACCAUCUUGGGCUGUGUCGCAACUAUACUCAGUCCUGCGCCUCUCCUAUUCUGGUUAUAUGGGCCUAGGCUCAGGCAACUUAGCAAGUAUGCGAUAAGUCCACAAGGUCCACGGGACUCAGGCCAUGACUGUGGGGUAUCAUGA